CAUCACAUGGUCAUAACUCCAACAAUAAAAACAGACCCAUUUUCCAAUUAGCUUCAAUUCAUUCCAAUUUAAUAGCUUUUUCUCAUUUUCUAUCUCUAAACCCAAGAAAAAAUACAGGGAAGUGAUUCAAAAGCAGUAGAAUAGAAGCAAGUAUUCAUUUUAUUUAUCAUCUUUAUCCAUUCAAAAACCUUGGAAAUGGUAAAAUAAACAUUAAUAACAAAUGCCCAUAAAUUUAUUAUUCUAGUUUAAAUCUACAAUGCAAUUAAAUAACAGUACCCAUAAAGAAAAAAAACUUAUUUACCAUUACAAUACAAGAAAAGGAAGGAAAAGAAGAAUUAGAAGAAGACAAAAUAAAUGUAGACAAGAAGAAGAGAUAAAACAGAGCAUGGAAUUUAGAUGCUUGUUCAAUAUUUCUUCAAUCAUUUAUUUUGUUUUAAUCUUCUUCUUUGUUUCUUCUUCUAUGGUUUCCCCUGUUUUUUCUUCCAUGGAUUCUGGUUUUGCUAUAAAACCAAGCAAUGAAACGCAGCGUUUUAGGAAUGGUGUUGAAGUUCAGCGGUUAAGAAGAAGUAGAGAACAUCUUAAAAAGAUCAACAAAACUCCUGUUAAAACAAUCCAAAGUGUAGAUGGUGAUCUUAUAGAUUGUGUAUUGGCACAUCAACAACCAGCAUUUGAUCAUCCAAUGUUGCAAGGUCAAAAACCAUUGGAACCACCUGAGAGGCCAAAAGGGCAUGAUAGUAACAAUAAGUUCGAAAAAAGCUUCCAAUUAUGGCAUUUAACAGGAGAAGAAUGCCCAAAUGGGACAAUUCCUAUUAGAAGAACUAUAGAAGAUGAUAUGAUAAGAGCUAGCUCUAUUAGAAGAUUUGGAAGAAAACCUCGACAAUUUGUUAGAAGAGAUUCUACUAGUUCUGACCAUGAGCAUGCUGUGGGAUAUGUAUCUGGACAACAAUAUUAUGGAGCAAAAGCUAGUAUAAAUGUUUGGUCACCAAGAGUGUCUAAUCCUUAUGAAUUCAGCUUAUCACAAAUGUGGGUCAUUUCUGGUUCCUUUGGAGAUGAUUUAAACACAAUUGAAGCUGGUUGGCAGGUUAGCCCAGAGCUAUAUGGUGACAACUACCCUAGGUUUUUUACAUAUUGGACUAGCGAUGCCUAUGAAGCCACCGGAUGCUACAACUUGCUAUGCUCUGGCUUUGUUCAAACUAAUAGUAGGAUUGCUAUUGGGGCUGCAAUUUCACCUACAUCAUCAUACAAAGGAGGACAAUUUGAUAUUAGCUUGUUAAUAUGGAAGGAUCCGAAGCAUGGAAAUUGGUGGCUGGAAUUCGGGUCAGGUGUUUUAGUCGGAUAUUGGCCAUCAUUUUUGUUCACCCACCUACGUAACCAUGCAAAUAUGGUACAAUUUGGAGGUGAAAUAGUAAAUUCAAGGGCACAAGGUUUCCACACUUCAACACAAAUGGGAAGUGGUCAUUUUUCUAGUGAAGGUUUUGGAAAAGCAUCUUAUUUUAGAAAUUUACAAAUUGUAGAUUGGGGUAAUAGUUUAAUUCCAUUAUCAAACCUUAAAGUUUUGGCUGAUCACCCAAAUUGUUAUGAUAUUAGAGGUGGCAUUAAUAAUGCUUGGGGUCAAUAUUUUUAUUAUGGAGGUCCUGGAAGAAAUGUUAGAUGUACCUAGCUAAUUAAUUAUUAGGGCACACUAAAUUUUAUUUUCUUAUUACAAUUUUGUUUGGGGUGCCUUAUAUAUCUUUGGGGUUUUGUCAAAAUUGUUAAUGGGUUUGUGUUUUUUAUUAGUUUUUAUUUUUUUAAAAUAGGAAAAUUUUGGGUUCUUGGUUUAUAGGUGAUCCAUUAAUCACACUAGAAGGCUUUGUAUAAAUUUUAUCUUGGAAAGGAAAUGGUUAAUAUAGCAUAUUAGUGUGGUU